UACUUUGACAGCUGCUCGGUGUGUCGGUAACGGAGGACAUUUUGAGCCGCUGCGGUCGGUCAGCGCUGUUAUUUGAGUGGCAGCCUAAAGUCAAGGCUGAAGUACAGUCAUCGGACUGAGCCGUAAUUGGCAACAAAAUAACCGAAAAUUAGGAAUAUAUCGUCGUUUUUUUCCUAGCAUAUGUGUAGCCUAGCCUGCUAGCUUACCAGCCACAAAAAGCUAGCACAGUCCUAGAUGCUAGUUAGUUAGCGAUACCUAGCUGGCCUGCCCUCCUCCUCCACUUCCUCCACCUCGACAGCCGGUCCCUCCACGCAGACACAAUGGCUUUAAAACGAAUUUCCAAGGAGCUAACCGAUCUGUCCAAAGAUCCCCCAGCUCAGUGCUCAGCCGGACCCGUCGGUGAAGACAUGUUUCAUUGGCAAGCUACUAUUAUGGGUCCACCUGACAGUCCCUAUCAGGGCGGAGUAUUUUUCCUGACUAUUCAUUUCCCCACAGAUUAUCCCUUCAAACCACCCAAGGUCGCCUUCACAACAAGAAUUUAUCACCCAAAUAUUAACAGUAAUGGCAGCAUCUGUUUGGAUAUAUUGAGAUCGCAGUGGUCUCCAGCAUUAACGGUCUCUAAAGUCCUUUUGUCCAUUUGUUCUCUGUUAUGUGACCCGAACCCUGACGACCCGCUAGUGCCAGAGAUCGCCCGCAUCUACAAAACAGACCCUGCUAGGUACAACAAGACAGCUCAGGACUGGACUCAGAAAUACGCCAUGUGACCACCUCCUCCUCUCACUGCUGGAACAAACUGUUUUUCUUUUCUCAUCCGACAAUAACGGCAAUUUGUUCAGAUUGUUUUUGUUGAUGUCGUCAUUCGACUGAGAUGCUUUUAAAGUAUUGAUUUGCCCUCUUCUGUUUCUCUCUACAAAGACGUGACGGGCGGCGGAUUGAGCUGUGAAUGUGCCAACGACCCUGCAGAGCUGAAACCGAACCGUUAGAGUAAAUCAAACCAAUAAUGUACUGCAUGUGUCCACCUAAAAUAAACGACGCUUUGUUUCGUUUUUUGUUUUUUUUUGGUUGUUUUUUUCUUUUUUGUCGUUUUUCUGUUGUUUUUAGAAGAGCGAGCCGUUAGUUUAUCCAUCAUCCACAACACUGUUCUCCUCUUUUUGCACUGAAGAUGAAACUCAAAGCUCCCAGCGGCUGAUUGAUCAACUAAUAGCUCUGUGAUGGUUUUUUCUCAAUAAAGUUGAACAAAUUGCA